AUGGCAGUCUUGCUUCAUGUUCCUGGCAGGGGAAUUUGGUCUGUCAAAUGUACUCUUGGAUCAUUUAAUGCUAAAAUCCAUUCUGGUUGGAGAGAAUUCGCGGCGGACAAUGAGUUAAAAAUUGGUGAUGUUUGUAUCUUUGAAGUGAUCAAGGGCACUCCACUCUUGAUUGAUGUCACCAUAUUUCCAGCAGCUGGGUGCACACCAAUGCAAAAGAUAGCUGGAGAAGUGCCAGGGGUUUCUGCUAGUAAAAACAAGAUUAUCGGAACAGAUAAUUCUGUUCAACCCAAAGUAGUUCAGACCAAAAAAUUAAAGAAGCUGAGAGGAGUUUCAUAUGGUUCCAAUUCAAAAAUUAAAGAAGAACAUGGUGAAGGCACUGGGAUUGAGCAUUCUGUUGAGAGGCUGGGUAAUUGUCAGGGUAGCAAAAGAAAAAGACUCGAAGGGGAGGCAGAGACUGAUGUUUCAAUUGAUAGAACUAUCAAGGUGGAAAAGUUGCAACAAGAUGUAGCUUUGUCUUCUUUCACAAGAAUGACCACAAAAAGAGGAGAAAGUUGCAGGAUGCACAAGCAACAGGACAAGAUUGUUAAUGACAAGAACAAGAUAGUAAUGGACAAAGAAAGGAGUAUAGCAUAUCAAAGAGCAAACGCUUUUAAAUCUAAGAAUCCAUUCAUUAUAUGUUUAAUGCAACCAUCGUACAUCUCCAGGUCCUACAAUUUGGUAGGCAAUAAACUUGAUAGACUUUCCAACAAUCUAAUCCUUAUUCAAUCCAUGCCCUUAUACUCAAUCUACUAUGUUCAUCUGUUUUGGCAGAGCAUACGGUUCACAUUUGCUAGGAAAUAUUUGCGGGAGAACUACAACAAUUUAGUGCUUCGUGUUCCAGGCAGGGGAUCUUGGUCUGUCAAAUGCCAUCUGAGAACAUAUAGAGCUGAAAUUCUCGAUGGUUGGAAGGCAUUCGUGCUGGAAAAUAAGUUAAAAUUAGGUGAUGUUUGUGUACUUGAAGUGAUUAGGGGCACUCCGCUUUUUAUAGAUGUCACUAUAUUUCGUGAAGCUGGGAGCAUGCCAAGUCAAAAGAUAGAUGGGGAAGUGCCAGAGGUUUCUGCUAGUAAGAACAAGAUUAUCAAAACCGAAAAUUCAGUUCAAUGUUCUCAACCAGAAAUAGUUCACAGCAAGAAACUGAAUCUUGAAAAGCAAAAGAAAGCAGAUUCAUAUGAUUUCACUUCAAAAAUCAUAGAAGAAUACGGUGAAGGCUCUGGAAGUGUGCGCAAUAACCUACGCUGAGUUCCGGUUAGAAGGAGUUUGUGCUAGACAAUAACCUAAAGUAGGCGAGGUUUGUGUCUUUGAGUGGCGUUAGUAGAUCCAAACUCUUGUUCAAUGUCAUUAUCUUUCAUGCUGCUAAAGGGUGUGUAAAGACGGUUUCACUUGUUUAGUACCAUCAAACUCAAUGUUUUGAAAGGGAAGAAAUUAACAA